AUGCGAACCGGAUUCCGAUUCGACCCGGAGAGCCGGCCCCUCCAGUACAUCCCGGCCUCGCGCUUCUUCUGGGCAACACCGACGGUCAACACAUCGCUCUACAACUACCCGUUGGAACUGUGGAGCACGAUCCCGGAGACAGAGCUGAUCGUGAAGCUGUGCGUGUUCCUCCCGAUCAUCCUUUUCGGGCUGGCGGGUAAUGGCGUUCUGCUCGAGGUCAUCUUUUGCAACCGCACGUUGCGCACGCCGAGCCAUCUGCUGAUCGCGAACCUGGUCGUGACCGACUUCCUGACGCUGCUCGUCUGUCCCAUUUUCUUUAUGACGCACGAUUUCUUUCAAAACUAUCUUCUCGGCCCCGUCGGCUGUAAACUGGAGGGAUUGAUCGAAGGUGGUCUGCUGGUCACUUCCGUGCUGAGCAUGUGCGUUAUUAGCUACGAUCGCCUGUCGGCGGUGGUGCUUUCGUCCGGCACGCGACUAAAGGGCCGUGGAACGGCAGCGGCCAUCGCAUUCUGCUGGGUGGCCGGCUUCUCGAUCGCGCUGCCCCUGUUGCUGUAUCGGCACUUCAAAGUACGACGCUGGCAGAAUGUGAUCGAGAUGUACUGCCACGAGGAUCGCUCCGUUCUGGCGCCGUACUGGGAGUUUCUGCUGGUGAUGCUGGUCUGGUUGCCGCUCGGGAUUAUGCUGAUCGCGUACACGCUCAUUUUAGUGAAGCUGGACCGCUACGAGAGGAGUGCCCUACGGCGGCAACACCCGAUGGUGGUACGGUACAAAAGCCGGGUGGCCAAAACGCUCUUUAUCGUCCUGCUGGGCUUCAUCGUGGUCCGUGUCCCGUUCACGGUGCUGGUGUUUGUGUUCUACAGCGUCGAACACUUCGAACACAUUCAGUUUAACGAACGAUUUAUCUACAUGUGGUGGUUCGCGAAAGUGGCCUUCAUUUUCCUGAACGCCGCCAUCAAUCCGCUCAUCUACGGGCUGACGAACAAAACGUUCAAAAGCGCACUGCGGGGAUCGAAGGUGCUGCAAUUCCUGUGCCGACUGCCACCGGAACAGGGACCGGACGCUGCCCCGACGGAUGCUGCCCUACGUCCCGUUUGCUGUUGGUGUUGCUGUCGCGACGCGGCUCAAGCUGGCGACAGUCCGGAUCCGGAAGGAUCGUCGCAGGAAGAGCAGAUCAUCUAUCGGUCACGGUUCCCCCGGCUCAGCAAGCGUUUCCGUGCCACCUGGCUGAACUCUACGUUCCGAAACAAGCUGCGCAAGAAAACGGACUCGACGGUCGAGGAUAAGGAUAAUGUAAUGUAA